ACAUUUUCAGUUUAAAGACGAUAAAAGAGGAGAGAGAGAGAGAGAGAGAGAGAGACAGAGAGAGAGAGUUCAUUUGCGAGCUGAACAUCCUAUAUUUGGAGGUGUUUGUCUUCUUCUUCAUCUUCCUUUAUCAUCUUUAGUUUGUUGGGAAUAUGUUUUUUGGGGGAUAAAAUGGUUUAUUUAUCCGGAUUUGAAGGCAUAAAGAGUAGGGGAAAAGCUUGCGUGGCUUGAAAACUAGGAGCAGCCUUCGCCAGAAAUUUUAACUCUUGAGUUUGCUUUGUUACCUCACCUGGGGGCUGGGGCUGCGGCUGAGGCUGAGAGGGGCUGGCUGGGUUAGCUGCAGAUUUGCUCUGCUCUCUAUGCACGUACAGUGAUUUUUGUACGUAUUAUUCUGCAGUAGCUGCUAGCCUGCUGCUUUACUCUUUACGCGUCUUCUCUUUCAAUGGAAAUCCUCUCCGCAUCUGAUCUUUGUCAAUUUGGAAACUGUAGCUUUGGUGAAUCAACUACAGAACAUGUAGUCAAGAAAAGGUCUCACGCAGCAUGCUUUUAGGAUUCUGAUUUGUCCAUGCAUGCAGAUUACAAGUUGCCUUGAGUGACCAUUGGUCUCACUCUCAGAAGCAACAUGAAACUUGGAUUGAAGAAAGGAUGGAAACCAAAAGUGCCUUUUCGUUUGAGAGCCAAAUCAGCCACCCGUUUUUGCUUAUUUCCCAAAGUCAAACCAUCUAGUUAUGGUCCUGGAAAUACACCAGUUUAUCUAAAUGUGUAUGACUUGACACCUAUGAAUGGCUAUGUCUAUUGGGCUGGUUUUGGCAUCUUUCAUUCUGGAGUAGAAGUCCAUGGAGUAGAAUAUGCUUUUGGAGCUCAUGACUAUCCAUCCAGUGGUGUCUUUGAGGUUGAACCUCGACAAUGCCCAGGCUUCAAGUUUAGGAGGUCAAUACAUAUUGGAACUACAUCCUUGGAUCCAGUCCAGGUUAGGGAGUUAAUUGAGCGCCACUCUUCAAACUAUAAUGGUGACACAUAUCACUUGAUUGCCAAGAACUGCAACCAUUUUUGCAAGGACAUUUGUUACAAGCUGACAGGGAAACCAAUUCCAAAAUGGGUAAAUCGCCUGGCAAAAAUAGGUUCAACCUUCAACUGUAUACUGCCGGAAGCACUUAAGAUUUCUGCUGUAAGACACGAUCCGAGUUACGAAGCUUGUGAAAGCGAAAAGAGAAGUCUGAGAAGUUCCGUCAGUUGCCUGUCGUCUAUCUCAAUGAGGCAAAGGCAGUUAUCAACUUCAUCGUUGUUCUUACAAUCACCCUUGAAGGGCUGCUUACCUCCCUGGGAGCUGAGAAAAUCGAGCAAUGGCCCACUACUAAAGGAAAGGUAGGUUUCAAAAUCCAACCCUUUAAUGCAUCCACAAGCUAGCUGUGUUGAGUAAACAUUGGGUGGGGGGGGGGGGGGAGGCAGCUUGGUGUUGUCUUUGUAUUUUGGGGCCGUGUGUGUAGCAUCGCUUGUUGUCUUUUGUAACAUUGUUAUGUUUGUUAUGUUUCUUCUAUGCUUAAAUUCCUCUUAUUUAUCCUAUUUUGUGUUCCUCUACUAACAUCAUGUAAAGACAGUGGGGUAGUAGAAUGGUUUUGUGAACA